CCCCUCUCACCUUUUUAUUGUCUGUUUCCACAGUGGAAUUAUAUUUCAGAGAAGCUGUGCCUCAGCUCAGUUUGUGCUCUGUUUUCAAGGUCUGCCUCAAAGGGAGUGUCCAAAUCUUAGAGUCCCUCUGAGAAUCAAUUAUGUAUCUCUGACUUCCUAAACCAGCUGCUUAUCAGUGCCCUCAACAGAAAGGAGUCCCAAAUUGAAGAAUAUUUUAUUCCAGACAAAAGAUUCCUUACUAAAUUUUCUCUUGUUUCCUAGUUCAGAAUAUCCAGGGAACAGUUAAUUUAUCUCAUGCAAAUUUGAGUUAAUAGUUUGCAGGAAAAAAAAAAAUAGUUUGCAGGAGACCCAGAAAGUCCCUUUUUAACCAGUGGGAUAGGUUCUUAGUGUUGAGUUUGAAAGUUAUACUUUAAUUUUAUAUUGGGAGACUGAGGCAGGUGGAUUGCUUGAGCUUAGGAGUUAAAACCAGCCUGAGCAAGCGUGAGACCCCAUUUCUACUAAAACUAAAAAAAUUAGGGCCAGGUGUGGUGGUUCACACCUAUAAUCCUCCCAGCACUGGGAGGCCAAGGUGAGUGGAUAGCUAGAAUACAUGAAUUUAAGACCAGCCUGAGCAAAAGCAAGACCUUGACUCUACUAAAACAAUAGAAAAAACUGAGGCAAGAGGAUUGCUUGAGCCCAAGAGUUGGAGGUUGCUGUAAGCUAUGAUGCCAUGACACUCCACCCAGGGCAGCAGCUUGAGACUCUGUCUCCAAAAAAAAAAAAAAAAAAAUGGAAAAGAAAAAUUAGCUGGAUGUUGUGGUGGGGCGCCUGUAGUUCCAGCUACUUGGGAAUCUGAGGCAAGAGGAUUACUUCAGCCCAAGAGUUUGAGGCUGCUGUGUGCUAUGACACCAUGGCACUCUACCCAGAGUGACAGAGUGAGACUGUGUCUCAAACAAAUGAAUAAAUAAAAUAAGAAUUAAUAUUAUAAAAAGCUAAGUAUACAAAAAAGAAAGAAAACAACAAAAAGUUAAGUAUGAUUAAAAUAAUAUAAAAAUACUGCUGACACUAUUUCAUGUAUAUUAUUGGCUAAACAUAUGUUACUGUUAACUUUGGAAACUAACCAUUGUUAAUAAAAUGGUUUUUAUGGGUAAAAAAAUUGGAUAUUGCCAGAAAGGUUCCAGAUUGAUCCUCCUGGAGAGAAUAAUUCACUGCAAAUGUUUAAUUCCUGAUUACCUCCAUUAGUUAGUUCCUUACUAGCCAGAAAAAACUGAUGUAUACUCAGAGUAAUGUGUCAGUUAAGAACAUCUGAGUGGUCCAUGCCAGUUACUUCUCUUCACAGGCAUGGAGGGCCAAAUGUAACUAUGACAGCAUUCCAAGGCUCCUGGCUUCAGCGUCAUUUCUUUUUUCUUUUCUUUUCUUUUUUGAGAUAAAGUUUCAACUUUAUUGCCCUCGUUAGAGUGCCAUGGCACCAUAGCUCACAGCAACCUGAAACUCUUGGGUUCAAGUGAUCUUUUUGCUUUAGCCUCCCAAGUGACUACGGGUGCCCUUCACAAUGCCUGGCUAUUUUUAUAUUUUUAGACAUGGGGUCUCCCUCUUACUCAAGCUAGUCUUGAACUCCUGAGCUCAAGCAAUCCACCUACCUUGGCUUCCCAGCGUGCUAGGAUUACAGGGGACAAAAUGCCGACUGCCAAGCAGCUAGCCGAUAUUGGCUACAAGACCUUCUCCACCUCUAUGAUGCUCCUCACUGUGUAUGGGGGCUACCUCUGCAGUGUCCGAGUCUACCACUAUUUCCAGCGGCGCAGCUUGCGGCGCCAGGCCGCAGAAGAACAGAAGACCUCGGGAGUCCUAUAGAACUGGGGGCUUUUUCUCCUGAGCAGAGAGGCCUGGGGCAUGCUGUGGAAAGACCUCACCUGCCAUUAUUUCCAGGUCAAGAGGACUAGGUCAUUAAUGAUUUUCAAGCCCUGUUGGAAGAAAGUGCCCACGGUUUCUUUGGUUCUGCCAGUCAGUGCCAGUUUUACAGUUUGUGGAGGCUGUUGAACCGUAAUAAGAAUGUGAGGGUGAGGUAUACCUACAGAUAUUAAAUAUUUUGCCAUGUC